AACCGCUUCUGUGUCUUUUUGUUAAAAAAACAGUAUGUCUCUUUUGUAAAAAAAAAAGUUUUUUUCUGUGUGUCUCACAUGGCAACAAUUGCUGUGUGAUGUGUGUUUGGAAGAAGAAGCCAAAUCUAAUGAACUGAUAACCAUUCACGACUCAGCGCUUUCCCAAUCUCACAUCUCUCUCUCUCUCUCUCUCUCUCUCUUUCUACCCACUCCUUGCAGAGACCCAUCACGCAAAUCACAACUUACACACAACAUCUAAUUCCAUAACCCCAACAUUAUAAUUCUCAUUUUCAUCUCCAAAACCUAAUUCCUCGCACUCAUCCAUCUCGCACUCUCUCUCUUCAACUUAACACAGUUGUAAUUGAAGCAGCCUUCCUGCUCUGUCAUCACUUGGUGGGAAGGCAUAUGCAACUAUGCACAACACAUGUUUUUCCUCAACCAUAUAUGGUGUUAGCUGCAAAGAAUCAUUCCCUUUAUCUUCCAAUGGUUACUCAAACCUCUGCUAUGAAAGAUUUGACACAACCUCAUCACACUGUUUGUCAUGCCGUGCUUGUUGUGCUCUCUCCACUUACAGAGUACCCGUAAACCCUUGUCUUCUAUAUGGGUUGAGGCAGUCCACUCUCCUUCAUUUGUCAGCAUCUAGGAGGUUGAUUUUUAGAGGCGAAGACCUGUACUUUUCUCGGGUUCAUUAUGGUCUUGCCAGAGGCUGUUAUGACCUUAAGUGUUCUACCAGUGUUUGUAAUAGAAGUAGAAGGAGAACAAAGGAAACAUGUUUUUGCUCAGCCUCACAGAAAGGGAGACAAAAUUCCCCUUCAUUUGAUUCUGAUGAUUCUGAACUAGUUCUCAGUUUUCUGAGUGAGGAAGCAGAUAAAGAUGCUACAGGUAUCAAAUUGAAGGAUGUGUCUUCAUCCAAAAGAAUGGAAGCCGAGAAGAAAAGAAACAAUGUGAUUAGAGAGAGACACUUGAAUUUGAGUGAGCAAAUAAAAUCAAAGAAAAAAGGAAAUUUGAAGAAACCUGAAGCAUCCUCGAUAGACUUGAGAAGAGAGUGUGAAAAACCUGACACCCAAAGGGAAGCCUUUUCAAAAGCUGAAAACUGUAGGAAACAAAGAGAUAUGUCUAGUUGUUCAUCUUAUUACACGCCUUCGUCAGGAGAUUUUGAGAGUGACCUGGAUGUGCAGCAUAAGAUGGGUUUGGAAGAAUUUUCACUGGGAUAUGAGAAGGAUGAAGUAAACUGUAUGGAAGAAAAAGUAAAUGAAGAAUUCAAUAGACACAGAGUUGACCCAAAAAAGGCGCACGGUGUUUCAAAUAAAGAAAGAGUUGUAUAUGAUGCGGACAUUGAUUGGAACAUAAGAAAGAAGUCUGAAAAAAAGCUGACUGGGGGAACCGUUCAGGAAACAGAAUCCAUAAGAGGGCUCCAAGAUAUGAAUCCAAGACAAUCUACAAUACAUGAAUCUGGUUAUGGAAAAGUUUCUGUUUCACAGAAGCAAGUCCAUAGCGAGGAAGACAAUUCAUCUUUUGUAGAGCAUUUGGGUAAGAAAACAAAUAAGGCAUAUAUUCAAACAGGUGAAAGAAGAAAGCAUCAAUCUGCAUAUACACAAGAGUCUGGUUGUGACGAAACUGAGACAAAUUUAUUAUCAGGAAAGAAAUUUAGUACCAGGGAAGGGAACCUUGAAAUGUCAGAAACAUUGUUUAAGGAAACAAGUGACAAACAUGAAAAGUUUGUUGGUUCUACUUCUACCACUGGAAAGAAAAGUUUGCAAUCAAAGAAGACAUUUAGUAGCAAGGAAGGGAAACUUGAGAUAUCAGAAACACUUUUACAGGAAACAAGCGAUAAAAAUAAAAAAAUUAUUGGUUCUACUUCUACCACAACAAAGGAUGUAAUAGAGAGAAAUCCUCAGAAUUAUAUAGGAAAUUUAAAAAUUGAAGACACUGAAAGGACCUCUGAUACUAGGAUGGAGAACAUGGGAGAGAAAAAGAAUUCAGUAUUGAAUUCUGCCCAGGGAGUGGAUUUGCAACACCAUAAAGGAGAGAAGAUCAUUACACAUGAUAAAGACAGAAGAAGAAAAUACCAACAAUUUUCUGAAUUAUCACAAGCUCAUGGAAGUGUUGAAGAUACAUCUAUUUUGAAGAACAAGGAAGAAAUAUCAUACUUAAGCUCACAUGCAAGGGAUACAUGGCUCCAAACUGAUAGAAGGAGAACUCAGAGUGUUCAACAUAACAAAGGAUAUGAAAAUCUCAGCACUUUAUCGGAUGGCGGGGCCAGUGAUGAAAAACAAGUUUCUAGUUCUCAAAUAACUUCUGAGAAGAUGAGAUUUAUCCCAAAAAGUAAAUUGGAAUCAGCUGUUAAAACUAGAGAAAGUUCUUCCCAAACUGAAGAAAGGGUUUUUGAAUUUGCUACUGACCACCAAAGACCAAGGAAACUAUCAGUUUCUGAUGAAACUCCCUCAAGAGGGAAAUCUAGCUUCCAGGGAUCAUUAAAUUCAGUCUCUGAAGCUGGAAAACAGGUUAUAUUAGCAGAAGGUGGUAAAAAGAGUUCUGAAAUAAUGUCAAUCCCUUCUUCUUCCCAAAUGGUUAGAGCUUCAGCUCGUGUUGAACACACUGCUGGGUUUGAAAUCCCUAAUGUCUACCUUGAAACUUCAGAAAGUGGCUCUUCUGCUUUGUAUGACAAUUCAGGAAGAAGUCCCGCAAUGCUUUCAGGACCACAUUCCCAAUAUGGUAGUGAUAAGUCGUAUAGCGAUCCUUCUAUUAACAUGACUCCAGAAGAUGUGCUUGGUUCAGCUAAUCGUUUAGAGGAAUCAUCAAAACAGUUUGUUGAUGAGUUCGUGGAGAGGGUCAGGCAUGAAGUCACAACUUCAGAAAGACAAGAGAUAGAAGUUUCCAGAACAAAGUUGGCCUUUGAUGUUGAGGAUAAUCGGAUUUACAGUUCAAAGCAACAAGGCACUCAAAUUGACUCUCAGUCAAAGAAUCGUGAUUCUAGCCGUUCCACUGGGUUUCCUGGUGCCAAUGAAAUUUCUGACAAACUGUGGGAUGUAAAAGAACCAUCUGUUGAGCUUGAUCAAUUAGCUGAAAAACCAGAGAUCAACAAUGAAACUGCUAAACCAAUUGUCAAUAGAACAGGAAGGUCCCUAUGGAGUAUGAUGGCUGAUAUUGUUCGACUACGUUGGAAUUCACCACGUGCCAGUUCCUCCACUUCAGCUGGGAGAUCAGGUGAGAGAAACUCACCAAACAAAUCUGACAGUGAGACAUGGUUUUCUGGGCAGGAGCAUGAGGAAAUCGGAAAAAGUAAUGUAAUGAAAGAUACAAGUGUGUUACCACAAGCCACGACUUCUGAUAAAUCAAAACCAGCCACUCGUUAUACCCAAAGUGAGGGAGAGGUCUCUGACACUAAAAUGUUGAAGGACAAAGGAAAACUUAUUGAAUUUGGAUCAUCUUCUCCAAAUAGAUUGGAAAGUGGAUCAACAUCAACAGGCACCUCAUAUGCUCGUUAUACCCAAAGUGAGGGAGAGGUGUCUGACACUAAAAUGUUGAAGGACAAAGGAAAACUUAUUGAAGUUGGAUCAUCUUCUCCAAAUAAAUUGGAAAGUGGAUCAACAUCAAUAGGCACCACAUAUGCUGCUGGAGAGGAAUUUUCUAGUCAGACGGGAAAUGCAAAAGAUUUGAAAGUCACUACUUCUGGCUUAAAAAAGAUGGAGUCGCCAAUUCCAUUAUCUGUCAGAGGGAAACCUAUUGCAGGAGAAAUUGUAAAUAUUGGUGGAUCUGAUAUGUCCAGAACUGAACCAGUGGUGCCAGUAAAAGAACCCAUUGCUCAAGUGAAGUCUGAAAUGUCUGGCUCAGAGAUAAAGGAUGGAGAGUUGAAACAAAGGAAAUUUCAGCGGAACAAGCAGGUUUUGAGAGAUAGGUUUGAUGACUGGGAAGAAGCCUAUAAAGUUGAAUUUGAGCAGCGAAGAGUUGAUGAAAUGUUCAUGAAUGAAGCACUUUUGGAAGCCAGAAAGGCUGCUGAUACUUGGGAGGUCCCUGUUGGUGCUGUUCUUGUGCAGCAUGGAAAAAUUAUUGCAAGAGGAUGCAACUUAGUAGAAGAGUUGCGGGACUCCACAGCCCAUGCAGAGAUGAUCUGUAUACGAGAAGCUUCAAAACUUCUCCACUCAUGGAGGCUAUCUGAAACUACACUUUAUGUAACACUUGAGCCCUGUCCAAUGUGUGCUGGUGCCAUUCUUCAGGCAAGAGUAGAUACUGUUGUGUGGGGAGCUCCCAAUAAGCUUCUUGGAGCUGAUGGUAGCUGGAUUAGGCUUUUCCCUGAUGGAGGAGAAAAUGUCUCAGAGGCAAGAGAUAUACCUCCUGCUCCAGUUCACCCAUUCCACCCAAAGAUAAAAAUAAGAAGAGGAGUAUUGGCAACAGAGUGCGCGGAUGUAAUGCAGGAGUUCUUUCAGCUGAGAAGAAGGAAGAAGAAAGAAGAGCCACCAAAGGACCCCUCUUGCCUUCCUGUUACUCACCACCAUCCUUCCAAGCUACUCAAUAAGAUACACGACAUCUUCCACGUAAUGUUUUGUUUGUAAGAGAGCAUGUUCACGUCAUUUUUCCUCGUGUUUAAGUGAGCAUCUGAAUAAAAUUGUCAAACUUGAUGAAUAAUACAAUAAUUGUAUUCUCGAGUCAUUUUCAAUCACCUAUGAGCUGUUGUGGACUGUAAUGUCCACCACCGAUUGCAACUUUCUUUUCAAGUAAUAUCUGAGCCCCCCAGACACAAGAAAAGAAGACACAAACACAAAGCACAUGAGACAUCAAGCACGAGCUCCAGCACCAAUAGUUAUUUGCAAGAGUCCCUCAACACCACAAGUGAUACUAUGGAAGACGCCGACACAACACCUGCACCAGCACCUAGUCUUAAUUUGGUUGGUGCACCAUCAAACCAUCAACAAGAGAUAAAUAUAUGGGCACACCUCUUUUUCGAGUACUAGUGUAACAUCCAUAUGUUCCAUCAAAGAUUUCCAUAUUUGUGUGGAAGUUGUUUUAGAAUAGGUUGCAUAUAAAAGAUAAUUUGUUUCAGUGAAAAAUUAUUUCAAAUGAAUCACAAUAGUGUGUGGCAUGCUUGUGGUGAAAUCUAACCAAUUUGUCAAUUGGUUAAUUAGAUU